AGGAGCUGUGGCUGGAUGUCAGAGGACCACAGGGAAAUACUGCAAUAAUCCUUAAUGUGAUGAAAAUAUAGGGUAAUUUUUUUUUACUCUCCAGGAUAAUCUGACCUACAGAGGGAGAAAACACCCUUCAAUCCAUUUUCGGAAUUUGGAAUAAAUAUCUUAUCUCUAUCCAAAAGGUAAAGAUGUUGCAACAUAGCUCUGUCCUGCUGUUGCUCUGUGUGGUCCAGCUGCUCUCACCCUCCUCAGCCCUACCAUUCGAGCAGAAAGGCUUCUGGGACUUUGCCAUGGACAGUACGGACAGUGGCGGGAUAAUGAUGAAGGAUGAAGAAGAAGGCUCAGCCAUAGAAGAGCUUCCCACUCACAUACCCAUGUGCCCCUUCGGUUGCCAGUGUCACCUCAAAGUUGUUCAGUGUUCUGACCUCGGUCUGACUGAGGUGCCAAAGAAUAUUCCUACGGACACCAAGUUCCUGGACCUGCAGAACAACCGAAUCACUGAGCUUAAAGAGAAUGACUUCAAAGGCCUUACUAACUUAUAUGGUCUGUCUCUGAGGAAUAACCGCAUUUCCAAAGUCCACCCCAGAGCAUUCAGCCCUCUGAAGAACAUGCAGAAGCUCUACUUCUCCAAGAAUCAGCUGACCACUAUCCCCAAGAAUUUGCCUGCCUCUCUGGUUGAGUUGAGGAUCCAUGAGAACCGCAUCCAGAAGGUGGAAGAUGGUGCCUUCUCAGGAUUGGGCAGCAUGAACUGCAUAGAGAUGGGAGCAAACCCCAUCACAAACAGCGGUUUUGAACCUGGAGCCUUCAGGGGACUGAAACUGAAUUAUUUGCGUAUAUCUGAGGCCAAACUGACUGGGGUACCCAAAGAUCUCCCCGACAGUCUCCAUGAGCUUCAUCUGGACCACAACGAGAUUCAGGCUGUGGAACUGGAGGAUCUGAGCCGCUACAAAAACCUGUACAGGUUAGGCCUUGGCUUUAACCACAUCCGCAACAUAGAGAAUGGCAGUUUGUCCUACCUCCCCAGGCUGAGAGAACUGCAUCUGGAUAACAAUCGUCUCACUCGUGUUCCCAGAGGCCUUCCAGAUAUGAAAUACCUACAGGUGGUGUAUCUCCAUAACAACAACGUCAACCAAGUGGGUGUGAAUGACUUCUGCCCUCGAGGAUUUGGGAUGAAGAGAACGUUCUAUCACGGCAUCAGCCUGUUUGCGAACCCUGUCAACUACUGGGAGGUGCAGCCCGCAACGUUCCGCUGUGUCAGUGACCGGCUGGCCAUUCAGUUUGGCAACUACAAAAAGUAGAGAUGGGGAGAGAAAAGGGGGAUUCUGAGAUGGAGAGAGUGGGGGGGAAGGUGAUGGAGGAAAGCAGAUAAUUUAAAUAAUGACAAAACUUGAGAGACGGAGAGAACAGAGAUAAUAUUUGAGAAUUAUUUUCUAUUGUUAUUAUUAUUAUUAUUAUUAUUAUUGGGUUUUUUUUUUUUAGAAAGAGGAUGAUUGAUGGAGAAGAAACAGAAAGAUAAGUUAAAACUAUAAAUACAUUCACAGAACCUGAAGGGAGUGGAAAACAAAGUGCUUGCAGUACUUCGUCUGAGUUUUGCAUUUUUGAAUUUAAGGGCUUAAAGUUGAAUGUUUUGCCAUUUGGAGUGGAUGAAAUAGAGGAGACUGUCUGAGAAGAAUGUUUUUCACCACCUGAAAUCGAUGAAUAAUGGGUACUGAAAACUUGUGAAGCAUUUCAUUCCAUUUUUUUUAUGUACACAAUAGCGCUUAUUGUGAUAGAAGUCAUUUUUGUUUUAUUAACAUUUUGGUUAAGAAUAUGAGUAAA